UCUCUCUUCACAGCCUCAGUCCAGCUCAGCCAGCACAGAGAGUGGGCUGCGGGACUGUUGCUAAAGCCCACCAGCGGAAAAGCUCCUGUUUAUCAUCCUUUCUUUUCUACAAUGACAGCAGAAAACUGAGGAGUAGAUCCUUCUGAGAUCGUCUGUUUUCAGAUACAAGAAGAAUGGAUCCAAUAACAAAGUGGACACCGAGUCAGGUUGCGGACUGGAUGAGAGGAUUGGACGAUAGUCUCCAGCAAUACAUCCUGAACUUUGAGAAGGAGAAGAUAGAUGGUGAGCAGCUGCUGAAGAUUUCUCACCAAGACCUGGAGGAGCUGGCUGUGAGCCGCAUCGGGCAUCAGGAGCUCAUCCUGGAGGCUGUAGACCUGCUUUGUGCCCUGAAUUAUGGGGUGGAGACUGAUAACCUGAAGACCUUGGUUGGCCGGAUGAGGGCAGCGUCUUAUAAUCUGCACAACUGCGCUUCAGAAAGAAGGAAAAAUCCCUCAUAUGAUAGCAGCAGUUCCAGCAAACCACCCAAUGAGUUCCUUACGGCGGUGGUGGAGCUUAUAGGAGCAGCGAAGAGCAUGCUGGCCUGGCUGGACAGGACUCCUCUGACGGGCAUCAGUGACUUCACCACCACCAAGAACAGGAUCAUCCAGCUGUGUCUGGAGCUCACCACUACCGUACAGAAGGACUGCACUGUGUAUGAAAUGGAGGAGAAGAUAUUGGAAGUGGCUCAGGUUUUGACUGAGAUCUGUGAUGCGACCAUGAGGAUGACCUCUGACCCCUUGAAGACUCGCACAGCGUGUCUGGAGGAGGUCCACAUCACUAACAUCAGGCCAGGAGAGGGAUUAGGCAUGUACAUUAAGUCGACAUACGAUGGUCUACAUGUUAUAACUGGAACCACAGAACAUUCUCCAGCAGACAGGACUCAGCGAAUCCAUGCAGGAGACGAGGUCGUUCAGGUCAACAGACAGACAGUGGUGGGCUGGCAGCUGAAGAACCUCGUGGCCAAGCUGAGGGAGGAUCCUCGGGGUGUUGUUCUGGUUUUGAAGAAGAGGCCCUCAGGAACCUGCAGCUUCACCCCCGCUCCACUGAAAAACCUGCGCUGGAAGCCCCUUGCUGGGCAGAACAGCCCUCAUGUUCCUGCUGCCCAGUCAUCCCAGUCUUCAAUGGAGAGCUGUGCUGUGAAAGAAAAGCCGGCCAUUUUGGACCUGUAUAUCCCCCCUCCCCCAGCUGUGCCUUACGCCCCACGAGAUGUGAAGUCCAGUGUAUGUUCUGGAGUGAAGAUGAGGCCAAAAGGUCCUGAGUCACCCAACUCGUCUCUGGACCGUGCAGGCAGACGACGCUCUAACCUCACCGACUACACCAUCAAUCAGCCUGCCAUCAGCGUCUCCCCAACAGAAGUUAUAAUCCCACAGACCAGACUUCGCCAGCGCACGCCCUCUAGAGGAAAGCCACGGCCCGUGUCGAUGCCGGCGGACGUCUGUCUGGGCAUGUCCCACUCGCCCUGCCCGCCCUGGGCGCUUGGAAGGAAAGGUGAAGACGUUUUGCGCCGGUAUCUGAGUAAUGAGCGAAUCCCCACUAUCUCGGAAGAGUCCCCUUGUUACCCUGUCCCGUACAGACCCCCAGGUGAACGGCUGGUCCGGGGGGUCGAUCACAUCCGGGGCAGUCAGUGCUUCAUCAAUGCUGACUUGCACAAUAGCGCUACCAUCCCCUACCAGGAGGCAGUGGCCAGAAAAAAUUCAACAGCAAAGACCUCCAAACGUCCACCCUCAGAACCCUCUCUAUUCAGCAGCUGGCUAGCUAAACUCAAACUCUUCACACACUCGCUCGUCUUUCCUCUCCUCUCGCCUCAACUCAAGGUUCCUCUGCAAGACUUCACCAGUGCAAGGUGUCGAGGGAAUGUUGCGAUGAGUCGGAGGAAGGUGUCGGUGAAGGACCUUGGCCAGGUGGACUCUCAGGGCUGGCUGUACAAAAAGAGAGAGAGCAGAACAUUCCUGGGGCACAAAUGGAAGAAAUACUGGUUUGUGCUGAAGGGAGGCUCCCUGUACUGGUACACGACCGAAUCAGCUGACAAGGCAGAGGGCUACAUCAGUCUGAGGGGCUUCGUUCUGGAGCAGGCACACGAGUGCAGGAGGAAGUUUGCAAUAAAGGCCAGCCACCCGCAGGUUGUGACGCUCUUCUUUGCAGCUGAGAACACGAAAGACAUGCACAAGUGGUUGAAUAGGCUAACUACAGCUUCCACCAAGCAGGAGCUCACAGAAACUGCUAGUGAAGAGUGCUAUAGUGAAGCCAGCGAUGAUGAAGAUGAGGAAGAAGAGACAGCAGAAACCUGUGGCCAGUAUACUGAGCAGCUCACGACCAGCUCCAUCAAUGGUUGUCUCCCUCCUCCGCGCUCCUGCUCGUCUCCAUGUCCGGCGAUGCUUCCCCUGGUGUCUCCUGUGUGUAACAGUACAGAGUGCGUGAGCUCAGACACAGAGUCGUGGCUGGAGCUCAGUUCUGACUCCCAGACCCUUCAGGUGUCCAUCAACGAAGGAAACGCACUGGGCCACCUGCAGGAUUACCACGGCAAUGAACGGCCUCCAUCUGAUGAGCUAGAGAUGUUGUAUCUUGACCUCAAACAUGCCAACCUGACGCCAUGCGGGACGCUGCAGCCUUUGUCCAAGCGGGAUUACAGGUCCUCCUUUGUCAGACGCUGUAAAAACGACACGGUCAACGAGAAAUUACACCUGGUCCGAACACUCAACAGCACUUUAAAGGCCAAAGAAGCUGACCUGCUGGCCAUAGAGCAGGUUCUGGCUGAUUCAGCGUUGGACGGCAAUAAGUACCGACAGUGGAGGAGUGCUAAUGUCCUUCUGAUGGAGGAGAUCAGCAAAAAGGUUCAAGCAGCGCAGGAAACCCCCCAGCCCAGAGAGCCUGUUCAGAGUCAACCACAGUGCUCCACUUCAGCUGUAUUCACAGAGACCAGCGUGUGAGUGCACACACGUUCUGGAUGGUGACCUGGUUUAAGGUGGAGGAUGGUAGCCAUAUUUUAGACAGCGGCCUUUGCCACAUGCACCACUUUACAUUUGAAGUCUGUUAUGUUUCACCUCCUGCUUACAGAUUAGUUGUGUUCUUUUGAAAGGGCAUUUGAGCAGCAUAUGAGUGGAUCUGUUCAUGAUUAUCACUCAGUUAUUUACUGAGUUAUCUCAUCUUGGACUUGUCAAGUGACCUGCUUGGUUUGAGGCAGACAGCAGAUGGCAGUAUUGAGAUUCUGUGGAUGCUUCAUUGGAAAUAGUUCACACUCAAAAUGUAAUAAAGUUGUUUUUUAAAGGGUAACUCCACUGAUUUUACAAAAUUUCUGCCUAAUUCAGAGUGGUUUGAUGUAAAAUAGUUUUAUUGUAGAAAAACUUGCUGAUUUCUUUACAGUGGUGGUGAUAGGAACAAGGGCUCACAAUGUUUACACCACACAUAGCCAUUUUAUUUACUGUCCAAAACGACCAGCGAACCUACACUUGUCUUCUGAGUUUUUAUAUGCAAUAUUGAUGGUAAAAUAGUGGUAAAUCAAAAAAAAACAAAAACAUUUCUUUGCGGACUAUUUUGCCUCAGACCACCCUGUAUGUACCUGACAUCAAAGGAUCUUAAUUAGUAUAUUUGUACCAAUUCAUGUUAUAACUUUCUGUGAUGGAGCUUUUAGAUGUCUGGUUGUUAUCACCACCGCUGUGAAUAGUUUUGACUCUAAGUUUCUCUAGAACAGAGCAUUUCACACCAAACCACUCUG